AUGAGCAGAAUCGACAGGUUUUUAGUGGAUGCUUCUUUCAUAAACAAAUGGGGAAUGAUGGGUCAAUCUAUUGGGAAAAGAGAUAUUUCCGACCAUUGUCAAAUCUGGUUGAAGAUUAGCCCGAAAAGUUGGGGUCCUAAACCAUUCAAAACCAAUGACAUUUGGUUUGAAUAUGGUUUGUUCCUCAAAUUUGUGGAAGAAAAGUGGUUGAAUUACAGGGUUUCGGGGAGAAGUGAUUUUGUCCUAAAAGAGAAAUUUAAGCUUUUAAGAGGUGACCUAAAAUUAUGGAGUAAAGAAUUCUUCGGAUGGUAUGAUCUUAAGGUGGAGGAGGAAGUGGAUGUCAUCAAUGGGGUUGAUUUAGCAUUGAUGUCUGCAGCAAACGAAGAGGUGGAGAGCUUGGUGCUGAAGAGAUCAGAGGCAUGUAGAGUUGUUUGGCAUAAUUUACAUAUCAAAGAUAACAUGAUUUUUCAGAAGGCUCGUGUUAAGUGGAAUAGGGAGGGAGACAUUAACUCGAAGUUCUGUCAACACUUAAGCUGGUGUGGUCGAAUCUGUGUUUGA